CUCUGCACCACCACGCCAGUCAUCUUUCAUUCUUAUAAUAACCCUGGGAAGGAGGGACUUCCAUCUCCAUCUUCCAGAUGAGGAAACUGGGAGAUCAGACACAGAACUGCUAAGUGACAGAGCUAGGAUUUGAACCUAGAUCAUCAAGUCCCCAAAACUCAAUUACAAAAGGAGAAAGAAGCAGAGACAGACCAGGGUCCGUAGGAGGAAGGUGACAGCAGAUAGUCUCUGGGGGCGGGGCUGUGGCUUCUCUGAUCUCAGGCCCCUCUCCGCAACCCAGGCCCCACCCCUACCCCUCCCAGCACUGCCUGGAAGUGUGGGGCGAGAGCUUCUGCUAGGACACCCCUUUUUCUUGGGGAAAGGAUUCCAUCCCCACAGGUCUUACGCAGCAGAAGACUUUCUCUUUCCUCGUCCACGGGCCCUCCUGGGGCAGGGAGUGCCUCCAACAUCCCCACCUGCCUGCCUCCAGGGCACCCGGCCCCACAGUAAUCAAGCUAAAAUGACCAUCAAGUUGGAUUUCGAAGAGUGUCUUAAGGACUCACCCCGCUUCCGCUCCUCAAGCUGGGAACUGGCCUCCUGGAAAGUGGACGCCAGUACCUCACCGCCAGCCGCGCAUUCAUUGCUGGCAUUUGUGAUCUGGCUCAGCUGGGUCCACCAGAGCCCAUGAUGGCGGAGUGUCUGGACAAAUUCACUAUAAGCCUGAACCACAAGCUGGACAGCCACUUGGAACUCCUUGAGGCCACACAGCACACACUGCAGCAGCAAAUCCAGACCCUGGUCAAGGAAGGUCUCCGAGGUUUCCGAGAGGCUCGCCGGGAUUUCUGGCGGGGAGCCGAGGGUCUGGAGGCUGCUCUAAUCCACAAUGCAGAAGUCCCUAGGCGUCGUACCCAAGAAGCAGAGGAGGCUGGAGCUGCUCUGAGGACUGCUCGAGCUGGGUACCGAGGACGGGCAUUGGAUUAUGCCCUGCAGAUCAAUGUGAUAGAGGACAAGAGGAAGUUCGACAUCAUGGAGUUUGUGCUGCGUUUGGUGGAGGCCCAGGCUGUCCAUUUCCAGCAGGGUCAUGAGGAGCUGAGCCGCCUGGCCCAAUAUCGUAAGGAACUGGGUGCCCAGUUGCACCAGUUGGUCCUGAAUUCAGCACGAGAGAAGAGAGACAUGGAACAGAGACAUGUGCUGCUGAAACAGAAGGAGCUAGGUGGGGAGGAGCCAGAACCAAGCCUGAAGGAGGGACCUAAUGGCCUGGUCAUGGAAGGACAUCUCUUCAAACGAGCCAGCAACGCAUUUAAGACUUGGAGCAGACGCUGGUUCACCAUUCAGAGCAACCAACUGGUUUACCAGAAGAAGUACAAGGACUCUGUGACUGUGGUAGUGGAUGACCUUCGCCUCUGCACAGUGAAGCUCUGCCCUGACUCCGAUAGGCGGUUCUGCUUCGAGGUCGUGUCCACCAGCAAGUCCUGUCUCCUCCAGGCUGACUCUGAGCGCCUCCUGCAGCUGUGGGUCAGUGCUGUGCAGAGCAGCAUUGCCUCGGCCUUCAGCCAGGCUCCCCUUGAUGACAGCCCCAGGGGCCCAGGCCAGGGCUCAGGACAGCUGACCCUGCCCUCUGCUGCUACCCUAGGCUGUGGUGGGACAGCCAGGGGAAGGGAGCCUGGGGGAGUCGGGCGUGUGGCAGCCCAGGUGCAGAGUGUGGAUGGCAAUGCCCAGUGCUGCGACUGCCGGGAGCCAGCCCCAGAGUGGGCCAGCAUCAACCUUGGUGUCACCCUCUGCAUUCAGUGCUCUGGCAUUCACAGGAGCCUGGGUGUUCAUUUCUCCAAAGUCCGGUCCCUGACCCUUGACUCUUGGGAGCCAGAACUAGUGAAGCUUAUGUGUGAACUGGGAAACGUCAUCAUCAACCAGAUCUACGAGGCCCGUGUGGAGGCCAUGGCAGUGAAGAAGCCAGGGCCCAGCUGUUCCCGGCAAGAAAAGGAGGCAUGGAUUCAUGCCAAAUACGUGGAGAAGAAGUUUCUGACCAAGCUUCCUGAGAUUCGAGGGCGAAGAGGUGGCAGGGGGCCCCCAAGGGGGCAUCCCCCUCUACCCCCAAAACCUUCCAUCAAGCCCCGGCCAGGGAGCGUCAGAUCCAAGCCAGAGCCCCCUUCUGAGGACCUGGGAAGUCUGCAUCCUGGGGCCCUACUGUUUCGCGCUGCUGGGCAUCCUCCAUCCCUUCCCACCAUGGCUGAUGCCCUUGCCCAUGGAGCUGAUGUCAACUGGGUCAAUGGGGGUCAGGAGAAUGCCACACCGCUGAUCCAGGCCACAGCUGCUAAUUCUCUUCUGGCCUGUGAGUUUCUUCUCCAGAACGGAGCAAAUGUGAACCAAGCAGACAGUGCAGGCCGGGGACCACUCCACCAUGCAACAAUUCUUGGCCACACGGGGCUCGCCUGCCUGUUCCUGAAACGGGGGGCCAAUCUAGGGGCCCAAGACUCUGAAGGCAGAGACCCUCUGACUAUCGCCAUGGAAACAGCCAACGCUGACAUCGUCACCUUGCUACGAUUGGCAAAGAUGAGGGAGGCGGAAGUGGCCCAGGGCCAGGCAGGAGACGAGACCUAUCUCGACAUCUUCCGCGACUUCUCCCUCAUGGCGUCGGACGACCCGGAGAAGCUGAGCCGGCGAAGUCACGACCUCUACACGCUUUGAUCCCAGGCUCUGCCCCGCACCCCAGCCGCUCCUCUCCCCACAGGAGGCCCCUCCGACAUUAAAGCGUCUGUGCUUCGCUUUU